AUGUCCAGCUCGUAUGAAUUUGACUCUGCACCGACGCCUGAAGAAGCCGAGAAAUUGGUGAAACGCAUGUCGGCCGGUGCGACACUCGCAGACCAGUCCUCGGGCAACACGGCUGCGACCAAGGACGACAAAGUUCUUAAAAUUGCAACCUUUUCAUUGCAAAAGUACCUCAAGGAACCCGAGUUUGCAGCAGAGUUUUUGGAACGAGGCGGGUUAGAAUCCCUUUGCGACAUUAUUGGCAAAGUGAGCGGCAACACGCUCGCUUAUGCAUUGAAUUCAUUUACAUCGCUCAUGAAUCAUGAAGCCAGUUGGAGCUCAUUGACCGAAGACUUUAUUGCCGACAUUGCCCAUAUUCUUGUCACCGAGACGUUGGUGACAAUCUGUCGUCCAGCAACAGCCAUUCUAAUCAAGGUCGUCUGCGCCGAACGUUCGUCUGCUUUUAUUAUCAACCAUGACGAGAAUGUCACCGGCUAUUCUGCUCUGCACAAGGUGCUUCAGCAAGAACCAAACUUGUUUCCAACUCUGAUUCAACGGUUGCAGAGUCCAGAUUAUGCACUUUGCCUAAACAGUUUGACGCUGAUUACAUCCAUGUUGAAACACGUAACCGACGAUUAUCGAAGCGAAUUGCUUGAGAAUAUCGAUAAUAGUAAUACGCGGAAGAAUGUCUUGCGACUCAUGAACAAUCAUCCCUCGGAAGAACUCAAGGAGCAACUGUUGGAAUUUCAGUCGGCGAUGAUCCACAAUGCCGAUCGCAGGAGGAAAACUCAAAUUUCAAUGUAUAACGCGCGUCAUGCCAAAAUGCUCAAUGACAUAUGGGAAGCUGCACAUGUCGAUAGCAUCAACAUUCCCGGCGCACGGAAAUGGCGUAAGCUAGGAUUCUCUUCAGAAGUACCACAUCGUGAAUUCGGCAGAGCUGGUGUGUUUGGGCUGGAAAGAAUGCAUGCAUUUGCCCGCCAAAACCAGGAUUUGUUUGCCAAGAUGAUUUUAGAACAACUUCAUCGACAAGACGGGAAACGGUGUCCGUUUGCCAAGGCAAGCAUUGAAAUUACAGAGUUAUUAUGUAGUCAUUGGAAUAUUACCACUGGAUAUAUCGCCGCAGAGUUCGAGCCGCUGCUACUUAAUUUCGAUCACGUCCAUUCCACAACGCUACAAUGUUUCUAUCGUCUCUUUCAAGAUAUGGAAGCAACAACUAGUGACUUUUCAAAGGUGUCAGCACUUGUACGAAGUCAGUUGCGUGCAACGCUCAAGAGCGAUGGCAUCAAGGACAUUUUUGAGUUUGAUCGGGUCAUGAUGGGCACACCAUACUCCGUUAUUCGGGAUCGACGAUUAAAAGAACUCGAGUGGGCCGAUGAUUUACUUGGACGUGAAGCUAUACGGAACCUCCGUAACCGCUUAAACAAGCAAUCGUUCGAUUUCAUAAAACGACAACGCAUCAACUGCUUAUUACAAGGCGCAUGGUUCCCAUGCCCACAAUCCAACCAACGCAUUGUUGCCAUGGCAACUGGCAACUCGCUAAGCACGAGCACAUCAACAAGCGGAGCCGCAGGCAACAACACAUUGAUGACAUCCUCUGUCGGCAAACGUUGGCGUUACUACAAGCUUAGUCCAUCCAAAAAAGUACUGCUAUACGGCGAUUUUGCAGAAAAGUACCCGCUGGUCAUGAGAUCUUGCGACAAGCUUCCAAACAAGGUCGACCUGGCCAGUGUGUCCGAGAUCAAACCAUUCAGUCGAAAACCCUCCAAUUUCAACAAUACUUUGCUUGGUGAAUCAACAUCCAGCCUAUCCUUUGCCCUGUUUUCUGAUAAUAAUGUACCCCUAGCCGAAUUUAUCUGUUCGUCUUCUGCACAAGCUUCCGAGUGGAAAGACGGAUUCAGUAUGCUGCUUGAUAAAGGUAUCACGAGCAAGGACACGGCCGAGUAUUUGCACUCAUUGACCGAAAUUGGCGUCAAGGUGAAGCUGCUUCAAAUUGCAGGGGAUAGAAUUGAGGUGCCUCAUGGCCAUAUAGACGUACCGCCUGUUCCUGUAGGUCUGGGAUCAGGCUUCUAUUAUACUACAGAUUAG